CAGAAAAGUCAUCUCAAAAACCAGACCUUUUCUCUCUUAAAUACUGAGACAGUUUCAUCAGCCAAUAUCUAAAUUCUUUGGUUGAUUCACUUAGCUAUAGUUCUUUUCCAAGCCCAAAAUGCUUCUUAACAUAGCUUUCCUCCACUUGAUAAUACUAACAUGCAGCCUAUUUUCAGUUUCAUCACUACAAACCACAACAAAAUCCAUUGCCAAUGCUACCACCAUUACCAAACCUGGCUGUGAAAGCAAAUGCGGGGCUUUAACGGUCCCAUUUCCUUUUGGUAUUGGUAACGGAACAGGCUGCUCGAUUGACCCUUCAUUUGAUAUAUACUGUAAUGCUUCGUUCAAUCCUCCAAAGGCCUUUCUUUCUGGAAAAGAUCUCGAAGUGGUUGAUUUAUUGGAUGCUCAGAUACUCAUCAAGAACAAGGUUGGGAGCCGGUGUUACAAUCAAACAGGGGGGGUGAUGAACUUUAGCUUGAAUUCGAAGCCUUUCUCCUUCUCCGACCUCAACAAAUUGAUGGUAGUUGGCUGCGACGACAUUGGUAUGAUUAUUAGCUUUGAAGGGAAAAACCUCAGCAGUGGAUGCAUUUCGCUUUGUUCUGAAAGAGAGGACAUAAUUGAUGGCUCUUGCUCGGGUAUCGGUUGUUGCCAAACUUCAAUCCCGAGGGGUUUCAAGAGUCUUUUGGUUUUACUUUGGGGUAUUAAUAACCACACAAAUGUGUCUUCUUUUAAUCCUUGUGGCUAUGCAUUUCUUGGUAAGCCUGAUAAGUUCAUUUUCAACCGCUUGGAUUUGUCCGAUUCGAGUUUUCGGAACAAGGUUAUAGAGAAAGUUCCUUUGCUGAUUGAUUGGGCUAUUGGCAAUGGUAAUUGCACUGAGGUCAAGAAAGCAGCUGAUUAUGCUUGUCAGGAAAAUAGUGUUUGUGUGGAUUCUGACACAGGACUUGGAGGUUAUCGCUGCAAGUGCAAUAAGGGAUACCAGGGUAACCCUUAUGUCAGCUCAGGUUGCACAGAUGUAGAUGAAUGCAUGGAGAAUCAUUGUGAUGGAAUAUGCAAUAAUUUCCCUGGAGGCUACAGCUGCACUUGUCCACAUGGUCAGACUGGUGAUGGCAAGAGAAAAGGCCGUGGUUGCAUCCCUCAGAACUCUAAGUCACCCAUCCUUCAACUCUCACUUGGUUUGUGCUUUGGCUUUCUGGCUUUGGUCAUCAGUGCAACUUGGAUAUACUUGGGUAUCAAAAGAAGACAGCUCAUAAGGCUCAGGGAAAAGUUCUUUCAGAAAAAUGGCGGUUUGAUGCUGAAACAGAAACUCAGAUCAAAUGAUGAUGGCAUUGAGUAUGCAGCUAAAAUCUUUACAGCAGCAGAACUCGAGAAAGCCACUGACAGCUAUGCUGAGGAUCGUAUCCUAGGGCGAGGCGGUUAUGGUACGGUUUACAAAGGUGUUCUUCCAGACAACCGUGUGGUUGCAAUUAAAAAGUCGAGAAUAAUGGACGAGAGCCAAAUAGAAUUGUUCAUCAAUGAAGUGAUCAUUCUCUCGCAAGUCAAUCAUCGAAAUGUGGUGAAACUCUUGGGGUGUUGUUUGGAAACCGAAGUCCCUCUACUAGUCUACGAAUUCAUCUCUAAAGGUACCCUCUAUUACCAUAUUCACGAAGGUGGAGAAACAUGUUGCUUUUCUUGGGAAAAUAGAUUGAGGAUAGCAUCCGAAGCUGCUGGUGCUCUCGCGUAUCUUCAUUCUGCAGCUUCUACCCCUGUAAUUCAUCGAGACGUGAAGUCUAUGAAUAUACUACUAGAUGAGUAUUACACAGCGAAAAUAUCAGAUUUUGGGGCUUCUAGAUUAGUGUCACUGGAUCAAACUCAAGUGACUACAUUGGUUCAAGGAACUUUAGGUUACUUGGAUCCAGAAUACUUCCAUACAAGCCAAUUGACAGAAAAGAGCGAUGUUUAUAGCUUUGGAGUAGUUCUUGCAGAGCUCUUAACAGGGCGACUGCCCCUAGAUACUGCAGCAUCAGAACACGAGAGAAGCCUAGCUGCAUUUUUCGUCAGGUCUAUUAAGGAAAACCGAUUGUUUCGAAUACUUGAAACUCAAGUGCUACGAGAAGGAAGCUUCGAGCAAUGCCAAGGUGUUGCUGAGCUCGCAAAGAGAUGCCUCAGGUUAACAAGUGAAGAAAGGCCUACAAUGAAAGAAGUGGCGCUGGAACUAGAAGGAUUAAGGAAGUUCACCAAACAUCCGUGGUCUCAAACUCAGGAAAGUCAAGAUGAGGAAACUCUUGGAUUAAUAACAGAACAAACAUCAGACCUUUACGCGAACAAUAUAACUAAUGACUUCAUCCCUAGCGGAGAAUUCUCCGGACAACAGAGCUUGGAUAGUCGGAUGAUGUUACAUAAUCACAGCCCCCGGUGAUCGAUUACUCGUGUAAAGCCUGCAUUUUUGUGUCAUACUCCCUCCGUCCCAAUUUAUGUGACACUUUUCGCUUUUCGAGAGUCAAUUUGACUAAACUUUGAAGCCAAAUUGGAUUAGAUUAACUUAAUAUUUUAAGAUUAAAUUUAUAUAUUUGAAAACUACAUGAAAAGUACUAUAAUUUGCAACUUUUCUCAUACAAAUUUGGUGAAAAAAUACAUCUUAAAAUAUUGGGUCAAAGUUCAUAAAGUUUGAAUCUCGGGAAACGAAAAGUGCCACAGAAACUAAGACAGGGGGAGUAACUUGUACGUUGCAGAAUGUAGUCCCCUUUUGAACUCUCUUGUGUAUAUUUUAACCAGUAUAAAUGUAUGUAUAAUUCCACAUUUCUUGAAUUUUGAGCAUUUGGCAUAGUUGAAAUUUAUGUAUCAUUUCCAUAUUUGGCAUAUCUUCCCUCAAAUCUAUCAGAAG